CCGGGCUUAUGGCUGUUGCCGUUCAGGAAGCUGGCCAUGGCGUGCCGCAUUUGUGCAUCUCACAACCCCGCUCACGCCGGCCACUGAUAGAUGGAAAGAGGCCAUCUCCAGCACACGGCAUUUUCUUGUUGGUGGCUGGGCUGGAUUCAUAUUUACUGGACUCGGCAUAGGAUUGGGCACUCAGAUCGGGGCAAAUUGGCUGAGGCAGUAUGGCUUCGUGGUUUACCGCACCGGCGAGUG